CGGAGCAAACAUUCGAUUUCCGAAUCCUCGGCGUCUCAUCGUUUCCUCGUUCCACUAUGUGUAUCCAUAAAAUUAAGAUAUCAAUCCCAAGCAGAGACUACUUCUUUAAUUGUUUUGAUUCCGGCCCGAUCAUAAAAGAUAUCGCUUUUAGCAUCAGAUUCUAGGGUUUGCUUUAGGGGAAAAAACAUGAAUUUGGGGGAUCUAAACAAGGUGUGGGAAAUCAAAGCUCUGAAGCGAAAGCCCAAACAUGAAGAGGCCACCAAGAUUCUUGAGAGAAUUGCUAAACAGGUUCAGCCCAUUAUGCGUAAGCAUAAUUGGAGAGUCAAACUUCUAUCUGAAUUCUGCCCUAAAAGACCAGCGCUAUUGGGGUUAAAUGUAGGAGCGGGUAUACAUGUAAAGCUAAGGCUUCGAAGGCCCAACAAUGAUGAGCAAUUUUACCCAUACAAUGAAGUUCUGGAUACUAUGCUUCACGAGCUUUGCCAUAAUACUCAUGGUCCGCACAAUGCCAGUUUCUACAGGCUCUGGGAUGAAAUUAGAAAGGAAUGUGAAGAUUUAAUGACUAAAGGGAUAAGUGGCACAGGAGAAGGGUUUGAUCUCCCUGGAAUACGAUUAGGGGGCCUUUUCCCACAGCCAUCUAUAUCAUCUCUCCGCCAAACUGCAGCUGCUGCUGCUGAAAAUAGAGCACGUCUUAAGUCAUUGCUACCAUCUGGGCCUAGACGUCUAGGUGGUGACCGUUCUAUCAAGUCUGCACUUACUCCAAUUCAAGCUGCAGCAAUGGCUGCAGAAAGGAGAUUACAGGAUAAUAUUUGGUGUGGCUCUGAAUCAUGUGACUUAUCUGACAUAGAUGAAAAUUCUGAUUCAUUGCCUGAGCCUUUGCCACCACAGCAUACUUCUGAUAGACCCGAGACUCCUAAUGGGUUUGAUGCACUGCCUUCCAAGGUAACAUCUCGUAAAAGAAGUCGAGAAUCGAAUUCUAUAUCAUCCUCAAGGUCCUUGCAAGGCACUAAGCCCCUGCCUAACCACGACAAAGAAAUUGCUCGCAAAGUUGGUCGGGCAGAAGGGACUUCUCAUACCGUGCCAUCAAGGGGUUAUCCAGAGUCCUUUGUUGAUUUAAGUGGAAAUGCUUCAAGUUCUACAUCCAUGCAUGGCCAUGAUGACUUACACGGUCCCGAGGAACCAAUGAUGUGGGAGUGUUUAAUGUGCACGUUCUUGAACCCACCAUUGGCUCCUGUAUGUAAGCUUUGUCAAAACCAAAAGCCCAAAGAUGUGGAUGACAGAAAUAGUAUGUGGUCAUGCAAGCUCUGUACGCUGGAUAACAGUCUGAAGUCGGAUCACUGCACAGCCUGUGGAGAGUGGAGAUAUUCUCAUGGCCCUCCUAUUGCAACACCAGCACCCAAUCUUGGCACCUGAGGGGAACAUAUAUUGCGUGCUACGCACAUUUUUUGUGGAAAUUGUCACUCCUGUUUGUGAUGUCGCCAACAGUUGGCCAAAUACUCGAGAGCUCAACUAAUUUGAUAAAUUGGAAAAGCUUUCGUCUUUGCUAAUUAUGCUAAGGUGGUACUUCUACUUUGUGAAUCUCCAACAUAAACUUUUUAGAGAAAAACCACUUUCCAAACACUUGAAAAAAAGGUCAAAGAUAAGGCACAAGCAUUAAAACUAUGUUUAAGAGCCAUAUCUCAAUUUUCUUCAUGUCAAUUUCUUUUUAUCAAGAAUUAUUCUAUUUGCAUUAGGAAAGAAAGAACCAAAGUAUCAGCAAUAUUUUUGUUCUUUCUGGUAGAAUUCACCUCUUCCCCGCAGCAGAUUUGCAAUAUGUUUCUUGAGCACUGGAAAGACUAUAUAUUCCUUCUGCAGAUAAAGAACACUGCCAUUUAGCAUACUCUGUGGUGGAGAAAUGGAUGUGCUGAUUUCAUCUCAAAUUUGGAAGUGGAAAUUAUCGACGUGCCUGCUAAAGAAAUGGCUGAUUUGAACAGAUCAUAUGGGGUCAAUGGGCGAUUAAGAAGGCCCAUGGCCUAGGUUGGUGACUUUCAUUGCACUUUGAAAGGGUGGCCGCCUAAGGUCAGUCCAAGUGGUUGUGCCUACGUCGUAGUUAUUGCUGACCGGGCCUGCAUUUGUGUGGCCCCACCAAAAAAGAAAAAAGAAGAUAUUUUCCCCAUGGGUGUUGUGUUCCUGUUGUGGAAUACUCUCAACCUCUGAAUUUUGCCUCCACGUUAUAUUCUUGUUGCCUCCUCUCUCCCCUCUGUUAUCUGUGGUUGUGUUUUCUUGAUGUUGUAGAGAAACUUGCCUCUUGGGCCCAUCUACAAUUGUAUAAGGGUUUUCUCUUGUAUCCGUGGCAAAUAGUUCACAUUCACUAUCAAGCUCUCAAACUUUUGAAUGAUGCUUCGAAAAGAAGAGUGACAUGAUAUUCCAUUUAAAAUUGGAGAUGCCAAAAGCUGUGAUUGUGUUA